AAGAGGGCACAAGGUCUAAAAAAAAAACAAAAUGUCAAAUUCCCUUUUUAUGGAUGAAACUAAUGGAAACGGUGUCUUCGCGUCUAAGUCGCAAAAUACGAAUAACCCAACAGUAAUCAGCAACGGUAGCAAUAUAGCGUACAACAUCAAUAACAUAAUGCAUGCAACAUCAAAUCCAAAUCCAACCACAUCAAACUCCGCAACAUUGCCCACUUCCGUAUCAAAUGAGGAUCUUAGUCAAAGCCUGUCAGAAUAUACAGAUGCCGAUGAAAGCAUAUCAGCUCCAACUGAAUUUCUUGCUGAGUUUCUUUCAGCCGUUAUGUUAAAGGACUACAAAAAAGCUUUAAAGUAUUGCAAAUUAAUCUUACAAUAUGAACCAAAUAAUGCCACAGCCAAAGAAUUUUACCCGCUUAUACUGGAUAAAUUGCAUAUUGGUACAACAUCUAGUGACAGCGAUGAAAAUUACAACAAAUCCACAUCACCUGAAAUACAUUCGACGGGUGAUAGUGACGAAGCAGCAGCAUACGAUGACCAACAGUCAAAUGGCAUAGUUGACGCAGUUGCAGAUGAUUAUGGUGCACAGGAAGAUUUCUCAGGGGAAGAACAAAAUAGCAAUGUUUCAAAUAUAAGUAACGAUGGUAGUAGCAGGAAUAGCAGUAAUUGUGCUUCAUUGGAAGAAGAAUGCCUUAGCGAUGACGAGGAAGUGGAAGCUGAUGAAGAGGAUGAAGAUGAGGACGAUGAUAAUGUGAGCAGCAGUGGUGAUGAUGGUGGUGGUGGUAGCGCUGGAAAUGUAUCAAAUUCAUCAGGAAACUCAGGUGGUGAUGGACGAAGUCGCAGUGAUAAUACAACGCAUUCGUAUUCAAGUCUUCUUUUAGAAGAAGAAGAUGAUAUAGCACCGAUCAAUCUGCAAUUCAAUAAAGAUUUAACAACACCUGAUUUAGAUGUGAGCAAUGGCAAUAAAAUACUUUCAGCUUCGUGCAGCGACUCGGAAUCCCCAACUGAACCAUUAACACAGCGUUUGGCUGCUAUAUUACUUUCCAAAUGUGGUGUAUCAAACAACGGCGAGAACUAUUAACUUUAUUCACAAACUUCUUAUAAAAACAUAUUUACUCCUUAAAAUGUAUAUCUUAUUAUAGACUUUUAAUGUACAUGAAUUUAUUCCACACUCCAUAUAUUGAUAUAAACUAUUUUUGAUUAUUUUAAGAUAUGAUUAUAUAUCAUAUUUAUUCAUUUAGAGUUAAGUAUAAACCACAUUAAUAGCCUAAAAUGUAUGUACAUAUAAUAUAUAUGCGUGGUAAUAGCGAAGUUCUAAUAAUUGAUUAGCUAUUUGAAUUAAAUAUUAUAUUAAAAUCGUAUUAUUUUCCUAGAACUUAUUUAUUGUCUAAGGUUCUUAGAGUGAUUCAAAUAUCCUUAGAACAGUGCAAGAGUAAUAAUAACAGACGUAGCGAUUCUGAAGCUUCAGUAAAAUUAAAGAUACUGAUAUUUAGUAAAUUACUUUGUAACUAAAGUAAUUAAAACUAUGUAUAC